GGAGUCUCUCCUGUGCCCAUGUGAGAAUCGCGCCCCGGGACGCAGGAAGGAUUUAACAAAUAGAGGAUCCCGAGCAAACGAUUUAAUUCCCUUCAACCAGGAUUAGCCCAGGAUCCUUUUAACACUGCUGUAAUCAUUAUAUUCCUGUUGCCACAUGGAUUUCAAUCUUCUGACAGAUUCGGAGGCUCGCAGUCCAGCCUUGUCUCUCUCCGACUCCGGGACACCUCAGCAUGAUCACAGCUGCAAAGGGCAAGAGCACAGUGACACAGAAAAGUCCCAGCAGAACCAAACAGAUGACUCCAACCCUGAAGAUGGCACUCUAAAGAAGAAGCAGAGAAGACAGAGAACACAUUUCACCAGUCAGCAACUUCAGGAGCUGGAGGCUACUUUCCAGAGGAACCGCUACCCAGACAUGAGCACCAGAGAGGAGAUUGCAGUGUGGACCAACCUUACAGAAGCCAGAGUUAGGGUAUGGUUCAAGAAUCGUCGAGCUAAGUGGAGGAAGAGAGAGCGCAAUCAGCAGGCUGAACUCUGCAAGAACAGCUUCGGGGCCCAGUUUAAUGGACUUAUGCAGCCUUAUGAUGAUAUGUAUUCUGGAUACUCCUAUAAUAACUGGGCGACAAAGGGUCUGGCUACUAGUCCCCUCUCUGCCAAAAGCUUUCCCUUUUUUAACUCUAUGAAUGUAAGUCCAUUGUCAUCACAGCCCAUGUUCUCACCACCCAACUCUAUUGCUUCUAUGACAAUGCCCUCAUCAAUGGUACCUUCAGCAGUGACUGGAGUUCCUGGCUCUAGCCUUAAUAACUUGGGAAAUAUUAACAACCUGAACAGUCCCAGCCUCAAUUCUGCAGUUUCAGCCAGUGCCUGCCCUUAUGCAUCCACAGCUAGCCCCUAUAUGUACAGGGACACUUGCAACUCAAGCCUGGCAAGCUUGAGACUAAAGGCAAAACAACACGCUAACUUCACGUACCCAGCAGUACAGACUCCAGCUUCUAACCUAAGCCCAUGUCAGUAUGCUGUGGAUCGGCCAGUAUGAAGGACCACAUACCAAAGACUUCACAGUAGCCACGAAUCAGAAGACCUGCUAUAAUUACAGUUGAUGCUUUUUGGGAAAAAUGUAGGCAUACAAAGACCUCUGCAAAAACAUUUCCAUUUUAAAGCUGACAAAUAAUUGAAAAUUCACACACCAGGCAAUACGAAAACAUUCUCCCUGUCCAAAGAACAAACUUGUAUUCCAUUAAAAACUGCUCCACUUUCUGCUCAAUCAGAGUGAAGCUCUUGUUAGAAGCUGAAAACCUCCAACCGGACAUCUACAUUACACAAUCCAAAGACGUAAAUAUGUAUAGGCUAUUUCAAGAAAGAAAAAUGUACUUAUUUAUCAAAUGGACAGUAUCAAUCUACUGUCCCAAAAGAAUUAAGGAGAAAUGAGCAGACAUGCUGCUGAUAUUUGCAUGCCCAUUACAUCGUAGCCCAUGAAGAGAGGCCGUUGUAAUGCAGAUGAAUCAGAUGUAUAUAUAUUAUAUAUAUGAAAAAGGACCUUUUUUCUUGUUUUGUUUUGUAUGUGUAAUAAUCUAAAAAGUAGAGUUGAAACUUAAGACAAAGCAUGCCCCCAAAAUGGUGCAGAUCUCAAUACCAUAAACCAUAUCUUCUUCUUUAAUCAUUUUCUAGCCUGUUUAGAAUUUCUUUGAACUUGUUAACUUUUGAAAUCUUUUUCAACAAAAACUCGUUUCCCUCUUCCUUUUUUUUCCAAUUCCAUUUCAAAGGCAAAAAAAUAAAAUAAACGUUGGAGUAAGGUA